UGUAGCCCCCACAUCAGUGCGAAAAUUAAUAUAUUUAUCAUAUGUUAUAAGUUUUUUGUUUGUUUUAGUUUGUUAGAACGUUGUUAACAUUGUUGUAAAUGUAUCGAGAACAAACAUGUCCCUCGCUCUUGAACGACUGUUCGGAUCAGGUGGUGGGAAGACCAGGUUUUCUCUUCAGAAGUCUCUUAAAUACCCUCAUGGUGUCUCAGUGCGCGUUGUCCUUUGUCAAGUACCCGCCUAAUUAUUCAUGCGAGACCGGUGAAGAGUUCGAUUUCAUAAUCAUCGGUGGUGGCACGGCAGGGUCUGUAGUGCUCAACAGACUCGUGGAGAUAUCCAGCUGGAAGGUGCUGAUGAUCGAAGCAGGCGAUGACCCAAAGUUAACGUCGAACGUUCCGUUUUUCCACACGCACCACUCCGAAUCCGACUGGCGAUUCUUAACUGAGCCAUCUUUUAAGAAGGGUACCAACAGCUGGAUCUGGCCAGCUGGAAAAGUACUCGGCGGUUCUUCCGUCACAGGAAGGAUGUUGUACGUAAGAGGCACCGGGGAAGAUUUUCAAAAAUGGUCUAUCAAUAAAGGCUGGAGUUACGAAGAGAUACUAAGGUAUUAUAAAAGAGCUGAAAAACUUAGGGAUAAAAAUCUCACCAUGAAUAACUUAUACGGCGUCGGAGGAUACCUCCCGAUAGAAAAAUUCAACAGCUCUUCUCCAGAAGUUAUCGGCUUGAUUGAAGCAGCAAAGCUAAACGGUUUUGACAUAUUAAAACACGCCGGUGUAGCAAAACCCGGAUAUUUGAAAGCUCACGGUAACAUCCUCAAAGGUGAAAGGGUGAGCGUGUCAAAAGCGUACCUGUUUCCGAUUCGAAAUAAAAAAAAUGUUUAUUUAAUAAAAGACGCGUUUGUUAGGAAGAUCUUGGUAGACCCUAAGACCAAGACCGCUCGAGGCGUUGAGGUGAACGUGAAAGGCAAAAUCAAAGUGUUUAGAGCUUCCAAAGAAAUAAUUGUUUCAGCAGGUGCUAUCAACACUCCAAAGAUACUCAUGCUAUCCGGAAUCGGCCCGAAACGAGAUUUGAUGAAACUCGGCAUUCCCGUCAUUGCUGAUUUGAAAGUCGGUUACAAUCUGCAAGACCACCCGACGUUCAUCGGAAUGCCUUUGAUAUAUAACUCGACGAAAUCUGGGAAAGGGUUGGAAGAGCUUGACGCCGCUUAUUCUUACUUGACGAGAAGGUCGGGGAAGUACGCGACCAUAGGUAUAUCUGAGGUUAUCGGCUUUCUCUCUUCCACCGAAAAAGGCGUUCCGGAUUUCAUGCUGUACCAUUCCAUGCUGAACAGAAACAACACUAAACAGCUAUUGGAUUUUGUCCGUUUUUAUAACUUGAAACCAGAGGUUCUCCACGCUUAUGAGAAGUUGGUUCAAGCGAACAACGUAAUCUUAGUAAUGCCGGUGUUGUUGUCACCGAAGAGUAGAGGUAGAAUCACACUGAGGAGUAAAAAUCCAGAAGACCCACCAUUAGUUUAUCCGAAUUAUUUCAGCGCAGCGGCCGACACGGAGACGAUGAUAAGGGCGAUUCGUCUCGUAAAACUGAUGACGGAAUCGUUCGCGUUCAGAAAAUACUUUGCGGAAAUAAGGCGUCUCAAAUUAAACGAAUGUUCCGACGAGCUUUUCUUUACCGACGGUUACUGGGCCUGUCUCCUGGCACAGCUAACCGUGUCUUUCAACGACUACGCUGGCACGGCGAAAAUGGGUCCGUCAGGUCAAGCUGAUUCGGUUGUUGGGCACGAUUUGAAGGUGCACGGAGUGAAGAGAUUGAGGGUGGUCGACGCGUCGAUAAUCCCUUCCCUCACAAGCAGCCCGUUGCUUGCAACGACAGUAAUGAUUGCUGAAAAAGCUUCAGACAUGAUCAAGGCUGAUUAUAUCGUAAUCAAAGCCAAUUCGACUCAGCAGUAUCUUGCCUGCAAUAAAACCGGUGUACGACAAGCCUGCUUUCCAAGUAAUUAAAUGGACUCAAAAGUAGGAAUUUCAAAGAAUGUUGGUCUGAAUUUUGAAAAACUAAAUAAACAUAUGAUUUUCCAUCUGAGGAUGAACUUCAUAUACCUAACUAUA